AUGACGUAUGAAUUACAACAAAAGCAUGUUGAAAUUCUAAAACUAAAGGAAGAACUACGAGAAACAAAUGCUAGGAUACAGAAUGCUGUAGAUAAACAAGAAUUUAGAUUAUGUAAAUCCUGUGCAGAAAAAUAUACAAAGGAAUCAGAAAGACUAAUUAAAGAACUGAAGAAAACUGAGAAAUUCUGCAAUGAACACGGGCUUACAGAGGAGUACGCAUGCGCACAUAUUCAUGAAGAUGGUUCCAACAUACUUAGGGAUACCGGCAGCAGAGGGCGGAAAAACAGCGAACCAUUUGUCUGCCAAGUAUCGGAUAGUGCGUAUGUCAGCAUGAAUUCACAGGAAAUGAGUAAAGAGCAUGCUGGCAUUCAGGAAAGUGAAGAGACAACUCAUUAGAACAUUUUACUGUGGACGUCAGGGGAAUGAUGGUCGAGGAUUUGGAGAACUAAAGUUUAAAUGACUUUCUUUGCUUCAAAAACUUUACAAAUACUAAACAACGAGGACUUAACCCGGAUAUUGUCCUAAUUUAGCUGCUGUAUAUUUUUUCAUGUACAAAGGUCAUUGUAACACAUGUAGUGUAAAUAAUAUCGUGCAUUUCGUUUUAGCUUUUAUCUUAAUUCCAAGUUGCAUCGUCGCAAACCACGGCCAAAAU